AUGAGAACUGGUGUCUUGGGAGACACCAACAACCAAGGUCAAAUAAGGACUGGUGUCUUUGGAGACAACAACAACCAAGGGCAAAUGAGGACUGGUGUCUUGGGAGACAACAACAGCCAAGGUCAAAUGAAGACUGGUGUCUUGGGAGACGCCAAGAGCCAGGGUCAAAUGAGGACUGGUGUCUUGGGAGACAACAACAACCAAGGGCAAAUGAGGACUGGUGUCUUGGGAGACAACAACAGCCAAGGUCAAAUGAGGACUGGUGUCUUGGGAGACAACAACAGCCAGGGUCAAAUGAGGACUGGUGUCUUGGGAGACAACAACAGCCAGGGUCAAAUGAGGACUGGUGUCUUGGGAGACAACAACAGCCAGGGUCAUAAGAGGACUGGUGUCUUGGGAGACAACAACAGCCAAGAUCAAAUGAACACGAGUUUUGAUGGAGGCAACAUCGGAAUAAAUAUACUUCGUUAA